AUGUGCUUCUGCUUCGAUGAAAUGGAAUACUGGGUGGAGGUGGACGAGCGAAGUCCUGCGCUAUACCGUAAACGAGAGCAGCGUGCAGAUAGCUCAUCGCUCCCUCCCAACGUUUACCAGCAAGGAUCCCGGCCAAUCGACCCGAAAAGACAGUAUAAUACCACCCUUCAGACCCGUCGUCAGCAGUACACUGGGGACAUUCCACAGAAGCGCGUUCACCUAGUCCCAAAGAGUGAGCUCUUGGAGCUGGGCAAGGAGGCCUGGCUUGAGCGCCGCAGAAAACAAGCGCAGCUCCAAGAAUCUUGCAGACAACUCAUGGAACGCCAAGAAAAAGAUGAAGAGUCUCGUCAAGCUCAAUGUCAGCCAGGAGAGAAUACUCGACAGCAUAACACGUCCUCAUACCAGUACACCAACGGCCAACCUGCUGUCCGUAGGUUAGCAACAUAUUCUGCCAGAUACCUGUACGGUCCUACUGCCGACAGAGUAGAACCAAGAAUGAAUGCAGUCGUCGACUAUGAUAGAUCAAAAGACAAAUAUCCUGGCAGAAGCCAAUGGUAUGGCACAGCGCCUAAGAGUGGUACCGAUGUCCACCCGUUCUCAUAUUCACCUAUGACGGGCUACCACGACCGAGCAUAUGAGGCCUACCAGGCUCAUGAUCACGCCCAAGCGAGGGUUAACGGGACUUAUUGGUAA